AUGGCCAUGACCUUAGCGGGAUCCGCUCGAAGGCCACGCUUCCCAAUGAAGCACCGGCUGUAUGCCGUUCUGCAGUGGAAUCUUGAGAGCACAACCAUUGUGGCCUGGAAAUUAUCUGAUUCUGUAUUUGUUGAGAGCGGCAAUUCUGAAUUUACACACAACGCCUUGGUUUUGCUAGUGCUUGCACUAAAUUUUAGUCAUAGCGAGAGUGCUGAAUCGUGUACUUUGGAUGCAACCAUCACAAAAGGCGUAAAGACUCGCAACUGGUAUCUUGACCCAUACAUGUCAGAUUUUGAUAUUCGUCAAAUUAUGCGGCAGUUCCCACCAGCAAAGCGUCUCGAAGGGAGACCAACAGGUACUAAAAUGCAUACAAGAUUGGACCGACUCAAUGUUCAUGGACAGCUAGACGAAAGUCACAACUUCUUUGAUCGGUGGUGCAUCAUACUUUAG